GGCAUCAGUCUCUUCUUCUCUUCACAGUUAUGAAUUUUGAUGAUGUGGGGAACAGAAAUAAGAGGAGAGGCUGCUGCAGUUUAUUGGUGCUACUACAAUUAUUGUUAUUAUUAAUUACGAGGAUCCAACUGUUCAUCAUAUAUAGAGAGAGCCUAGCUACCCCACCCCCCACAAAAACAUCUCCAAUUCAAUCAAAACCAAAUUGACAUCAAAACCACAAUUUGCUGCACCAAUUUGAAAAUUGUUGUGAGAAAGGAUGAUGCUCCAGCUGACACCCAAUCCUUAAAAGAAUAAUAAUACUAGUAAAACCACUUCACUUUUACCGCAAAUUCCUAGAAACUAGAGAACAAUCAAAAAGUUUGUAUAUCUUCCAGAAGGAAAAAGGAAGGACAAAUAGAAUCAGCAGCUUCUUCCUUUUCUUAUAUUCAAAUUUCCAGAUUUUCAGACACGCCCCUAAAAUCCUCCUCCUCUGCCCAAUCCCAUGCCAAUAUGGCAUUAUGGGGUAGUCUCCGCCAAUCGACAUGGGCUGUUUCCAGUUUAAUCCUCCUGAAUUUAUGGGCCGUCUGCAACGCCGAUCCCCGGAUCACCCAAGCCGGCCUAUUCUGCGGCCAAAACAGGACACGAGACACCACCGCUUUCUUCCCUCUGUUCACCCGAGAUAUGGAGAUCAUAUCCACCCAAUUAACCAACAACAACAGUGACACCAACAACUGGGGCCACAACGGAAUCAUCAACGGAACCAACGGAAAAGGAAACAUGUCGUUUUUCGCUUUAGCCCAAUGCUACGGCGACCUCAUCCACACCGACUGCCUCCUCUGUUUCGCCGCCAGCAGGACAAAGCUCCCCAGUUGUCUCCCUUCCUUGUCGGCCCGAAUCUACCUCGACGGAUGCUUCCUCCGCUACGACGAUUACAACUUCUUCAACGAAAGUAUAGACCCGAACCAGGACCGGCUCAACUGUAGCAGCUCCGUCGGCGUCACGGCGAGCGACGACGAAGCUCGGAGUUUGAACCAGAGUGUGAAAAUGUUGGUCGGAAAUCUGAGCUCCGCGGCGGUGAUGAAUGGAGGGUAUUUUGCGGCCAAGGAAAUGAAUGGAUUGUAUGGAUUGGCGCAGUGUUGGAACAGUUUGAGCAGAGAAGGGUGUAAGGCGUGUUUGGAUGAGGCCAGUAAAAAUGUUCAGAGUUGUGCUCCCAGUAGAGAAGGCAGGGCUUUGAAUACUGGGUGUUAUUUGAGGUAUUCUACCCGGAAAUUCUACAAUGAUGGCUCUCCCACUACCACUUCUGGAGCCUCCAGAACUGGGAAAACGGUAGCCAUAGCCUCAUCUGUGGCCGUAUUCGUUAUGCUUGUUGCAUUUGCUGCCUAUGCUUUUCGUUCAAGAUUAAAGAAAAAGGAACAAGAAAGGAAGAAUUUAGGUCGAAUUUCAAGCUUGUACAAUAAGUCUAAUUUGAACUACAAGUACGAAACCUUAGAAAAGGCCACAAAUUAUUUUGAUCCCAAGACGAAACUGGGCCAAGGAGGGGCUGGUUCCGUAUACAAAGGAACUCUUCCAGAUGGGAAAGUUGUUGCGGUUAAGAGAUUGUUUUUUAGCACAAGGCAAUGGGUGGAUGAGUUCUUUAAUGAGGUGAAUUUAAUCAGCGGAAUUGAGCACAAGAAUCUCGUGAAGCUUUUGGGUUGCAGCAUUGAAGGCCCUGAGAGCCUCUUGGUUUAUGAGUUUGUCCCCAACAAGAGCCUGGAACAGUAUCUCUUUGAUAAGGACAAGAUUAAGAUUCUGAGUUGGAAAGAGAGGUAUCAAAUCAUCGUGGGAACCGCAGAGGGGAUUGCAUUUCUGCAUGGUGGAACACAGAGCAGAAUAAUCCACAGGGAUAUCAAGAGCAGCAAUGUGCUUCUUGAUCAAAAUCUCUCUCCCAAAAUCGCGGAUUUUGGUUUGGCCCGGCAUUUUGCAGACGAUAAAACUCACCUGAGUACCGGCAUUGCAGGAACACUGUAAGACAAAAUGCAUCUUUCUAUGGAUUUCAGAAUUGUUCUAUAGUUAGGUUCAAUUCCCUGAGAUUAAUGGUGCUUUAACUAAGUAUUCUCUUAUCGCAGAGGUUACAUGGCUCCUGAAUACCUUGUCAAAGGACAACUAACGGAGAAAGCAGAUGCAUAUAGUUAUGGAGUUCUAGUUCUCGAAAUCGUGUGUGGUAGAAAGAACAAUGCUUUCGUUCAAGACUCGGGCUCGCUCCUACAAUCUGUAAGCUUAAUCAUUGAAAUCUGUUAAUUUCCUGAUCAACAAUUAUUAGGCUCUGCAAUAUUAGUUGCCCUUUUGAGAAUGCAAUUCAAAAUUUUGUAUUGUGUCUUCUGUUCUAGGUUUGGAAGCAGUACAAAAUGAAUCAGGUUUGGGAAUCAGUUGACCCUUGUCUGAAAGGCGAUUUUCCAGCAGAAGAAGCACACAGCGUGCUGAAAAUCGGCCUUUUAUGCACUCAAGCAUCGGCUUCUUUGAGACCAUCGAUGGAUGAAGUCGUCCAAAUGCUGACAGAUCCAAACCAUGAAAUCCCUGAACCAAAUCAACCCCCAUUUGUGAAUGCGAGUGUAUUAGCAGCCAAUUCCAGUAGUAGUGCCGGGUCUUACAGCAGCACAAGCAGUUUGCUGCGGAAUGCAUUCAACAAGCUUGAGAUGUCUUAUUCUACUUCCACAGAAGGGUCAUCUAGCUUGCAGUACAGCUCAAGUGGACCAACAAAAAGUGAAGACAUUAGGAGAAGUACUGAUCCCGGGAAGCAAGCGUUGUGGUGAGGCAUUAAUAUUGGUAGAGAAUUGUAACCUCGAGACUCCAUUUGUAACCCGAAAAGCAAUAGUGAGAAGCCGUUUUUUAUACUUGUAGCAACAAGGUCCGAGUAGGUUAUACCAAUUUUUUUUUUUUCUGGGUUUAUUUUUUGUGUGUAAUAAUCUAUGUAUAGAUUGGGAAAAGUGUUUUUAGUUUUUGCUUUUGGAAUUUUAUGAGGGUUUUAGGUGGAAAGGAAAUACAAGUAGAAGAUUUUGUACACAAUUAAUGAGUGAUUUACAGGGUUCUGAAGAAGGAUUAGGAAAUUAGUCCUAAGAUAUAGGAAUUAAAAAAAAAUAAUCUCAUUUGUGAUUUUUUUUUUGUGACACUCUGUGUAACAUAAUUUAAUUACUUCUUAUAAAUUAUAUCAUUUAUGUUGAUAC